AAUUGGAAAAAAAAACAUUUUGCUCUGUAGAAAUCCUGGUACCGAUCUCUGAUCUGUACUUCAGGAUCCGUUUACUUUCCUUGAAAAUCUAUUUAAUUUUCCUUCAUAAACCGUGGGGAUUUCACGCUGUUGUUUGAACAAUGGGACAAAAGCAAUCCAAGGAUGAGCUACUCUACCAGCAAGUCAGUUAUGGCAACGCUGAGAGCAUCAAAGCCCUUUACAGAGAAGGUGCAGGCCUCGAGUGGAUUGACUGGAAUGGAAAAACCCCUUUGAUUGCCGCAUGUUUGAAUCCGGAGCUUCAUCAUGUUGCAAAAACUUUGAUAGAGCUCGGUGCCAAUGUCAAUGCGUAUCGGCCCGGUCGUCAUGCUGGGACUCCUUUACAUCAUGCAGCUGAAAGAGGCCUUGAAAAUACUGUGAAGUUAUUACUUUUGCAUGGGGCAAAUGCGCUGUUAAUGAAUGAUGAUUAUCAAACUCCUCUUGAUGUUGCUAGAGCCAAGGGGCACAGUAAUGUAGUCCGCACCAUUGAGGGCCAUAUUUGCUUAUUCUCUGGUUGGCUGCGGGAGCUUUAUGGGCCAGGUUUUCUUGAAGUAUUGCCACCUCAAUUGCUCUCCCGAAAAGUUUGGGCUGUUGUUCUACCCUGUGGUUCACGCAAUCCUACAAAGCCUUUCAAGUCGGAGCUUUCCAUAUAUCUUAGUUUGCAGGAUGCACGACCAUUUACAAUUAUUGCAUUAUGGAAAGCCUAUUUGGAAGAACACAAUCUUCACCAGUCUGAUCCUUCAGUGAUAAUACAUGAUACAGCUACCAUCUCAAGAGGCAGGAGGCGCAGGCGGAGGCGGAGAUUUCAAACAAAUAAGCAAACACGCAUUAAGCUUGCACCUGUGAGUGAAAGUGACAAGCAGCAACUUCAGUGGUUUUGUGAUGCAUGCAAAGGAAUUUCACAGGCAAUGCAUCCUGCAGUUUUGCAUAAUAAUCAGACCCCAGUUGUUCAGGCCACUGCACCACCAGCCGCUGAAGAUUUGGAAAUGGUAAUGGCUGUCAAUGCCUCAAUUCAGUCAGCUAUGCAGGAGAGACCAUCGCUUCUUGAUGCCAACCAAAGCUCAGAAGCAAGCUCAUCCAUUCAUUGGAAUAACUUUGUGAACACAAAUCUUAGUGGCUUGCAUGUAGCAAAAGCACCUGCUCCAAAUCUAACUAGUUCUGAGUGGCCAGUGCAUGAAACUACUAGCCCUGAAGGCAAUUCAAGUCAGCAAACCCAGAACCACGACGGCAUUACUGCAACUCAAACAAUUCGCACCCCAGGUUCGAUCCCAUCAACUCCACCAAAUGCUGAUGAGAUUAUGGGUGAUGGCAAUACUCGUUACCCAUCAAUUGAUUCCACUUCUGUUGAAAUGUCAUCCCCAAAUAUUAAGAAUGUACCUACUAGAGUAGGUGAAAAGAAUGAUGAUGGAGGUUCAUCAUCAUGUGUGAUAUGUUUGGAUGCUCCAAUUGAGGGGGCAUGCAUUCCCUGUGGCCACAUGGUUGGAUGCAUGUCUUGUUUGAACGAGAUCAAAGCCAAGAAGUGGGGUUGCCCUGUUUGUCGUGCCUUGAUUGACCAGGUUAUAAAGCUCUAUGUUGUUUGACUAUUGAACCAGAAUGUGGAGAAGCUCUAAAUGGUCCGUGUGGGCUUUGAGUUUGGACACACCUUAAAUAAUUUUGUUCAUGUGUUUCUAUACUGUAUGAAAGAAAAGUUCCUUAUUUCCUAAAUAAUUGGGGACCCCACCCGAGGGUUUUUUAGAUA